AUGCCUAUCAUCGAAGUCUUCACUAAUGUCAAGAGCGCUGACACCAAGGAUCUCUCACUGAAGGUCGCCAACCUUUCCACGCAGCUCCUGUCCAAGCCCAUCGGCUACAUGAUGGUGAAUGUUGGUUGUAUUGGCAAUGUCGGUGGGUCGCUGAACGCGCCGAUCGUUGCCAACCUUAAUGACCUUGUCAGCAAGGAGCUGAAUGUGAGUGGCACGCGCAUCUUUGUCCUUGUUGACGAACUUCAAGGAUCCAAUGUUGCCCUUGAUGGCCAAAUAUUUGGUUAA